UGCACAGACUCUGCACGGCUUUGGAUAUAAAUCCGGGAAGGAUGGGGGCAGUUCUGAGGCAAGGGAUCUAGGCAUUCCAACCCUGAGCUUUUGGCCAAAGGUAUUUCCUCCAGGGCUGGGGGAUUCAGUUCCUGGUGGCACCAGCAGCAGGACAGGCCCAUGGAGAAGCUGUCGUGGUGUUUUCUGGUCUUGAUCAGCAUCUCUGAUGCUUUCAGCCAGACAGACAUGCAUAUGAAGGCCUUUGUGUUUCCCAAAGAGUCGGAUGAUUCCUACGUGGCCCUGAAAGCCCAGCCAAAGGGGCCUCUGAAAGCCUUCACUGUGUGCCUCUACUUCUACACUGAACUAGCCACGACCCGCGAUUACAGUAUUUUCUCUUACGCUACCAAGAGAGAAGCCAAUGAGAUCCUCAUAUAUUGGUCUAAGGAGAGAGGAUAUGUUUUUGGGGUGGGUGGGCCCGAAGUGUUGUUCAAGGUUGCUGAAGUCAAGGCAGCUCCAGUGCAUCUUUGUGCAAGCUGGGAGUCUACCUCGGGGAUCGCAGAGUUCUGGGUGGACGGGAAGCCCAUGGUGAGGAAGAGUCUGAAUAAGGGAUACUCUGUGGGGACAGACGCAAGCAUCAUCCUGGGGCAGGAGCAGGAUUCCUUUGGUGGGAACUUUGAUGCAAAACAGUCUUUGGUGGGAGACAUUGGAGAUGUGAACAUGUGGGACUUUGUGCUGUCACCAGAUGAAAUUAACACCAUCUUUUCUGGUGGGACCUUCAGUCCUAAUGUCCUGAACUGGCGGGGGCUGACAUAUGAAGCAUAUGGUGAAGUGUUUGCCAAACCCCAGCUGUGGCCCUGAGGCCCGAUCAUGGUCCUGAAGGUGUCCUGGAGAUUUUGCCUCAUGGGCCCUUGUUGCUGGCUCUGGACUGUUUUUCCCCUGGACUCUGCAGGCUGCUCUGUGAACAUAGCCCCUGCUUCCCUGCUCUGCGUUCUUCAGCACCUGGGAAUGGAAUGGAAGUGUCUGGCUUGGGAGUUCAUGAACUACUCAGGGAAGUUGUGUCCAGGAGAAACAGAAUUGUAAGGUUUUUUCCCCUAUCUUUAUGUUUUUUAAAUUGAAUAGAUCUUAGAGGUAAUCUCUUACCCUCACUUAGAUGAUAACACUGACACCCAGAAAGAAGUGAUUUUUUUUCUUUAAGUCACAAGGCAAGGUCAUCUCUGAGCUGAGAAUAGAGUGCUGGUCUUCAGCCUAAUUCCCUACCCAGGAGCCCCUGGGUGGCAUUACCCACAUUCACAAGGCUUUUCCGUCUCAGACGGAGCACACUGGCCGGCCUCACUGAUCCAGAGUCCUGAGUGCUCAUCAUUCUGUCCUGGGCCUGGGUGUUCUGAAAUGGGAAACCCAGCAAGGCUGUGCAGUCCCUUCAUUGCCUCAUAAUACCCUGGAAAAUCAAUCUUUUUUCCUGGGAAAAAUGAGGCAUCUAGGUACAGUUAAGUUAUUAAUACGUUGUUAUUGCCAAGAACUUAUGUUACAUAAGUAACACAAUUUUAUACUUUCUCCAGGGAACUCUUCUCCCACUGCACAUGAGUCUCAUGGGGCAGGGAACUUCUCCUCCAUUCCUCCUUCCCCACCUUCCCAGGCUGCCAGUGUGUUUGUGUGGCCCACACCAAGGGGUCCUAUCAGAGUAGCCCAUCUCCUCAGCUCCCUGUGGAGGUGGUUUGGGAUGGUGUUGUGUUCCCAGCAGGACCAGUUACAGUCCUCCCAAGGGCUAACUUCUGGCCUUUGGGAGGGAGAUACCUUUUUGCUGCUGGAUAUCCAAGUUGAGGGGAGGAGAGUCUGGGACUGCCAGCAGCCAUCCUGCUCACACAUGAAGAGAGGCUGUGAGGACAGAUGCCACGCUGGGAGCAGAAGCGCUGGGGGAGUGACAGAACAGUGGGUCCUUGACACACCAGUCUCAGAGCCAGCCUCGCCAGGAACCAGGUGUACUCCAGGACUUACCCGUCUCUGAGCCAAUAAAGCCCUUGUUUGCUUAAGUGAA